AUGGGAGAAGAUUUGAUAACAACACCAGAAUUUUUCACCAACGAGAUGUUCAAUUUUUGGGAAGAAAUAACCGAGUGGGUGCACAAUGUGGGGCGUUCAGUUGGUUGUGUUGUUGUUACAAAAAGAUCAAAGGCAAAGCCAAAUGGAAAUGUUUAUAAAGUUGUGUUUAUGUGUGAACACGGCGGAGCUUACAAUUAUAAAAUAACUCCCAUUCGUCAUACGGGAACAAAAAAAUUUGGAUGCCCAUUUGAGUUGAUAGCGCUAUUUUCGGCUAAACAUAGUUGGUGGACGUUGACGGUGGUAURCGAUGCACAUAAUCAUGUUCUUGCACAAUAUAUGGAGGGUCAUGCAUAUGCAUCGCGGCUAAAUGAAACUGAAGCUCAACUAGUUGAAGAUCUAUCAGCCCAACAUGUCAAGCCACGACAYAUCUUAUCCACGUUAAAGGGUAGACAUACGGGAAAUGCAUCUACGUCAAAAACGAUAUACAAUGAACAACAAAAGAUUAAGACAACAAACUAUGCAGGAAGACCACAAAUGCAGGUUGUUGUUGAUUUUUUUGUUAACAAAAAUUAUGAUUUUGAGACUCGUGUUAAUGACGAAACAAACGAGUUGGAAGAUUUAUUCUUCAUUCAUCCAAGAUCAUUUGAGCUUUGGCGUGCAUUCCCACAAGUGUUAGUCAUCGAUGCCACAUAUAAAACAAAUAGGUACGACAUGCCUCUUCUUGAGAUAGUUGGUGUAACAUCGACCAACCUGACAUUUUGCAUAACAUUUGUUUUCAUGCAUCAAGAAAAGAUAUCAAAUUAUACUUGGGCGUUAGAUUGUUUAAAGUCCAAAAUAUGCGAUAACUUUUACCCAGCUGUCAUAGUCACAGACAAAGAGUUGGCAUUGAUUAAAGCAUGUAGAGUGGUGUUAUGA